UUCUUCUUUUUUUUUUUCUUUGACAUCAGGAAAGUGGGAAGAGACCGAAACAAAGAUGGAUGACAAGAUGAGGAAGCUGUACAGUUGUGUCAUCUGUACCAAGUUGUUCGACGAAGCAACAGCCCUGAAUGGAUGUCGCCACAUAUUUUGCUGGAAAUGCAUUCAUGGCAAGAUAACAGAACAUGCCUGGCACUGUUGUCCAAUCUGCUAUGCUGACCUUGGUCCAGACCCUCUCAGAAGACUAAGAUUUGACGACCCCCUUUUGCUAACAAUGGAAAGGGAGAACUUGCUUUCAGAUACUGAAGAUGAGGAGGCAGGAUCAGAUGAUGACUAUAUGGAGGAAUCUGAGAGUUCUGAUGAAGAUGAAGAUGAGGAGACCGAUUCUGAUGAUGGUCUCAAAGACAUGGUGAUCGACGCGAAAGGGAAGGCUAAGAUCUGAAAAAUAAUUUUUCAAGACUAUAUUUCCUGUCUUUCGCAAAUGUUAUGUUUUAAAUAAUUUCUUUUGGAUUCAAACCCUAUUUGCUUUUCAGUUAUUUUGAAUAAAGGAAAUAUAAAAAUUUGAUUUUA